UUUUCUCCAAAUGCUGUAAUAUAUAGUGGGUGACUUUCUCUCCCGGGUUUUCCCAUCUGGUUUGAGUAGUCAUAUCCCAUAAUGUUGAAAUUGGACACUAAUUAAGAGUACAUUCUUAACCUUUAUAACCCUCCUUUACAAUUGAUUCUAGUUCGAAAUGUAGAACCAGAGCCAGACCACACCCGAUUGUUUUAAUCUUAAAUAGAUAUCGCAUGUAAUUUCAACACUUCCAGGAAUCCGAAGCAUCGCUAUUUAAAAGGGAUAGGCGCCGAGGGAUGUAGUGGCACAUUGGAUGUAGGAAAAGCGGGCGUAUCUUUCCCGGCUGCAGAAGGUAGAGGUUAAACAAAAACUGUGGGAACGGGUCAGAGGAAAGAGGGGGGCGGGAGGAAUGGGAAAGUGUACAGUAGAAAGGCAGGCAGGGUGUUUUCUUAACUUAAAGGAAGAGUUAAAUCAGAAGUCAAUAGCUUAUUGUGAGUUAUUAAAACGAUUGCCCACACCGCCGAGAACUGGGAAACCGAAAGUUAUAUAAGUAUAUAAGACAUAAACAAGAGAAGGAGACCUCGAUGUCGGGAAUAGGACACGGUCUGGAAUAGGUAAGUCAAAGUGUCCGCUUGCCACCAGCCCCCCUCAAUAUUCAAAUUAUAAACAACAAAUCUUUAAUGGUGUGUGUGGCAUACAUGUGCGUUAUAUCAAAGGAGAAGAGAUACUUUGUAUUCAACGUGUCGUACGCGCGUUCCAGGCAGCACGUUCAUGGCGAGAAAUCUGAGCGCACUCGUUCUACAGUCAGAGGUGAAGGAUGGAGGGAGAUACAGAGACAGCAGAGGAGAAGGAGGGUGAUGACACAGAGCUGUCUGGUGAGGAAGCGGUAGGGCAACUUCACCCGAGCGGAGGGUCCUCGGAUGAAGACCAGGACCUACCCAUCAUGCAGUGGGAGGACCUGAGCCUGCGUAUCGCCGAGCUAGAGAAACAGGAGGAGGAGAGGAGGGAGAGGGCAAAGAGUACGAGUGGGUCGGAACAGGGGAGUGUGUCAGGGGGCUGGGCGGAGGAGAGGCAGGGUGGGCUUCGGAGGAGAGAGGAAUGGGAGGAGGAGGACUAUGGAAGGUGUCGAGUUACUGUUUUCUCAUCUAGAUUCCACAAUUACAGAAAUCUACAGUUAUGCUACACCAACAACAGUGAGAGCGAGGAUGAUGAUACGGAGGAGGGGGCUGGCAAAGAGGGUUCUAAAGAGGCAGGUAGCCAUGGUUACCAUCCCUCUGGCCUGAAGCUGGAGGUGAGGGCCGCACUGAGUGCGCUUAAAAACAAGCUGCUCGCUGAACAGAAAGAGAAGGAGCACCUCGCCUGUGUGAUCACUAAGAGGAAGCAUCUGGAAUGCUGUGACCUGCAGAUCUGCUCAAUACAACAGCUCAGUUCCCUCAGGACCUCACUCAACCAUGACAUACACGACCUGAGCUCUGAGUUGGUGGGUCACCUGUUGAUAAGGGACCAGCUGAGGACCAAACAGGAUGCCAUGCUCCUGGAUGUACAGGAUCUGACAUAAUGUUGACCCACAGGUGCACAGGAUGUGACAUCACCACUGCCAUGGACAGGGUACCAGGACAGGAAGUCAUUGUGACCAAUAGUGGAUGAAGUGAUUUUGGCCCAGAUAUGCCACUAUGAGACUGUCAGAAGUAUUGCCAUUGUUGCCUACUCAACAUGAUUUUUCGUAAAGGAGAAAUGUUGAUUAUGAGCAACUGAUGAGCAACAUCUUGGACCGGUGUCAUAAUACAAUCCAUAUUUUUCAGACAGGGUAUGGAUAAAUUUCUCUUCAUCAUCCCCACCUGAUCUUGACCAGCGUAAUAUUCAUCAUCAUUAGUGGAGAGAGUACUGUACUAGGACCUGUUUUGACUUACGCAUGCACUUAACCAAAAAUAUUUAAUAUCAGAAAGAGGGUUUUAAGCCAUUUGUGAUGUUGUUUGAAACAUCUUUAGUAAUAUCUGACUCAUAGUCUUUUGCCUGUGGUAAGAAAGUCCUAUUUAUCUUGGGGGUGUCAGAUGGAGAACCUUCACAGCCAUAUUGUAACCCAACAUUCAAUGAGUUAUAUCAUUUACAUAUAUGAGGGAUACCGCUUUGCAUAAGUUUUAUUGUGUAAGCAUUGCAAUAUCCUUGAUUUACUCAUUUAAGGGAAUUGUCCACUUAUAGCCUGUAUAAAACAAGCUAAGGAGUUACAUAUUCAGGCUAAAGCGAACUGUCCUGUAACAAUUUGGUAGAGAAGUUUCUUUGUUGCUAAUUAUCCUCUAUUAUGUAUAAUAUAAGCCUCAUGUAGUUGUUGAUGUAAGGGAAUUGUCCGCAUAGUGCCAAUAAGCCUGUGGGUAUUGCCAUUAUGUAUUUUAUGAUAUACCUGGUUUUUAGCCAUAACUAUAACUACCACCAGCAUAGGAAACUACAAAGCUGCAAUUGGUUGAUUGACUCCAUGCCAGCAUAGCCCGAAAAUAUUUUGUGUUUCUCAGAUUGUUCUGGCAAUUCUGACAUAGAAACUUCAUUGGGAUGAAGGAUGUUUGAUGUACUUUUUACAUUUGUAACACAAAUUAGAUUUUUAAAACGUAUCAUGAUGGAAGUGGCCAUUUUAGGCCCUUUUUAAUCCUAUGCGUGACAAACACCUUGGUGUCAUUAUACCCCUAAUAGCUCUAAAAUAUGGACUGUCAUUACAUUCUGAAAUACAAUUUUACACAUUAAUUUAUUCAAGAUUAAAACUAUUAAUAUUAUCUCAAAAGUACCCUUUUUGAUUUUGUUCAGUUUUAGACAUUGUUUUGAACAAUCUAUUUUACUAGCACAUCACAUUUCCAGAGUGGGCUCUGUUACUUUUAACGUUAUGGUUCAAAGGGAACUCCUUCUGCUGGUGAUUUGCUGAAUGUGCAAUCCUACAGUAGGGCUGUGAUUGGUUAAUGAACUAUAAUGUAUUCUUUGUAUUCUGAACAAUAAUAUAAACGCAACAUGUAAAGGUUUGGUCCCAUGUUUCAUCAGCUGAAAUAAAUUAUCCCAGAAAUGUUC